AUGAAGCUUUGCUCCUUCACAUAUUUUUUAAUAUACUUUUUUACCACGUUCGAUCUAACAAGUUCCCUUGAUCUUGGAGGAGUUUUGUGUCGCCUUCCAAAGAGUGAGGGAUAUGAGUGUGGAAUUACCGGAGCAUCAGAGGCUUAUUUUUACGAUCCAGAUAUUGGUGAAUGCAUCCAGUUCCGGUUUCUCGGUUGUGGCGGUAAUCAGAACCGUUUUGCUACCAAAGAUGACUGUCAGUCUGGUUGCGGACUAUUGUCAAAAUGUGGGAAGGGACUUCCGCUUAUGGAUUUUGCUGGUAAUAUAAAGCGAUGUGACGCUUUCAAAAUGCCAUGUCCCGUAGAUUAUGAAUGCAAUGGUAAAGGAUUGGAGUCGGUUUGCUGCAAAAAAAUUGAACGGAUCUGCGAUCUGGCUGUUAACAGCGGCAAUCCUUGUGGAGCACCGCUAAUUAUGCGGUACUAUUUUGAUGGAAGCUCAAAUAUGUGCCGACCAUUUUCGUAUACCGGUUGUGGAGGCAACGAGAACAAUUUUAAGUCUAAAGGACAAUGUUUGAAAAGUUGUGCAAAAGCGGUAACCUGUCUAAGAGGUGAUCCCCUACCUGACCGCUAUACUUCUACUCGUCUGAUGUCGUGCAGCAGGAAUUCCCAGUGCCCAGCAAACUAUACGUGCACUGAACUUGUCUGUGGGACGGCGUAUGACGAAACUUUACCAUGUAGAGAUCCUCUGCAAGACAAUUUGUGGACUUUUAAUGCAAAAGAAGGGAAAUGUGAACUUUUGCUAGAUCCUGCUUGUGCGAACCAAAUGAACACAUUUGCCAGUCAGGAUCAGUGUGCUGAGUACUGCAUCGGCAGUUGCCCGGGAAAUCUCCAGCCAUACUUGAAUGCUAUAACAACGCUUCCUCAGCUUUGUAACCCAAAAGAAAGUCACAGUUGUCCUGUUGGACAUGAAUGUUUAAAAAGCACCGAAUUUGCAUCAAUUUGUUGUAAAACUCAAGCUGUGUGCACAGCUGCAGAAAGUAUCACGGAGAUGAAUUUAGACGGUUCUGGACCGAGGCGGUGUACCUAUGAUAUACCCGACACUUGUUCAAGCGGUUAUGUUUGUCAGCAAGCCACUAAUUUGGAAUAUAUCUGUUGUACCCAACCACUCGACUGUCCUUUUGGGCUAAAAGCUUUAAGAGAGCAGUACGGACGCCCACACAUAUGUUCGCCAGGUGUCCCAGGUGGAUGUCCGGAAGAUCAUUUCUGUGUUCUUGCAAGUACAGGAGCUAGGCGACAUUUGUGUUGUAAACCCGAACGGAAAUGCCUGUUACCUUAUGUAAAUACAAAUACUCAAAGACCGAAACGAUGCUUUCCGGGCGAAACUCUGUGCCCGGAAUCAUCAGAUUGUCUCGCUGCAAUUGACAACGUUGAAAAUAUAACCUCUUUGAGAGAUAUUUAUUUUUACUGUUGCCACCGCGUUGAGAUAUUCACUUGCUCAAAUGGUGAAAUGCCCGUCUUGGAUAUCGUAUCUAACCGCCCAAUUCAGUGUAAUCCUUCAGAUCCAAACUCUUGUGCAAGAAGGGAUAAAGUCUGUGAAAAACUUGCUGAUGGUACUUAUUCGUGUUGUCCAGGGCCAGAAUCGCGGCGGCAAUUGUGUAAUGAAGCUGUUUUACAAAAUGGGCAGGUGUUAAGGUGUGAAGGCUGGGAUGACAACGGUUGUAGCGAAGGCGCUUGUCAAAAAGCCGCAGACGGGCGAUAUUACUGCUGUAGAACAUGA